AUGGGACGGGAAUCGAACCCCGGUCAUACAGCAAGAAAAGAAAGAUUUGUAAUAACGAAAUUACAAUUGUUUAGAGUCAAAUUAGAGAACUUCGUGGAGAUCGAUAACAUGGAUAUAGAUCUAUACCCCCAUAAACGCGAAGACAAAUGGUACCAAAAUGCCAGGGACUGUGUACUCUUGCACAAACACAUAAUCGAAUUCGCACAAAUACUCGAGGAUGCAAAUACAACGUCUUACUUGCUUCAGUUAGGAUUUAACAUGAUCUGUGUAAGCUUCACGCAGUACCAGGCGGUAGUGAAUUUAACAGACACAGCUAUCGUUAUUAGAUAUGCAUCAGUAACGAUUUGUUUGUUGUGUGACCUUCUGUUUGUGAGUUGGCCUGGACAGCAGUUGUCCGAUUCUACAGAACGUAUCUUUGAAUAUACAACAAAUGGCAAAUGGUGUCAGUCGUCGAUACCUUGCAGGAAACUUUUGAUGCUAAUGUUAUCGAAGAGCAUAAAACCUAUGAAAUUAACAGCUUGCAAUCUCUACACUUUGAAUUUAGAGAGUUUCAGUGCGGUAAGAUUUAUUUUUUACCAUCGCAACAAAAUUUUUUCGUUGAAGCUAUUGUCUCUGACACUUUUUGGAGUCAUUGUUUCUAUCUCUAUUAAAGUCAUUGCAGUCAAUGUUCCUCACGUUCUUGGAGUCAUUGGAAUCAUUGAUUCUGACGUUUCUAGAGCUCUUGGAGUCAGCGUUCCUGGGGUUCCCGGGGUUCCUGGGAUUUCUGGGAUUGCUGAAGGCACUGUUUUUGGUAUUCCUAAAGUCAUCGGUGUCAUUGUUCCCGGUGUCGUUCUAGAAUCGUUGGAGUUACUGUUCCUGGCAUCUCUGAAAAAUACGAUCUGGAUCAACAGUGAUGUGCAAGUCGGUAAUAACGUGAUAAAAGUUGAUGUUACGUUUUGUAUGAUAUCAGGGAAGACUGUGGUCAAGACUGAAGGAUCGGGUGUUUUAACGAGACUUGUUCAUUGGUUCAAAUUUGUGAGUUCUGAAGGUGGUCCAGGACGUUGA